AUGCAGCAAGGGGCCCCUCUUCAUCACUACUCAGAGCAACCGCCAGCCGGUGUCGUUGAAUCAUGUGCUCGCACAAUCGCUUCCUAUGCCAUCACCCUUGUGACCAGAACAGAUGUCUGCGACCUUCCGCACGAGCUCUUCCCGACAUUCUUUGUCGCUGGAAUAAUGGCCCAGGCUAAUCUUGACAACUGCCGGGUCAUCUUGAACGAAGCGAAGGAUGUUUGGGAUCCCGGCAAAUGGGCCAUGGAGAUUUUCGACUUUCUGUGUGCCAAUCGCAAAGAAAAUGCCCAGAGGUUGUCCCAAGUUCCACGGGAAACCCAAGAAACAGCCCCCUUGCGCGAUCCCAACACGGUGGAUAAUCCCUCCACAACAGAACAGUACCCCCUUGCAAAACUCAAUCACGAUCCCUCUUUUGCCUUAAGUUGGGAUUCAAUUCAAGCACAGUUUACCGGUGGGAUGCAAGAUUACUCACUAAUGCCGACUUUUCUCCCACUGGCCACGGAUGAAUGGUCGGCAUUCCAACUUUGA